AUUGCUACAGUGGGUUGCUAGAGAUAAUAGCCCACGAUAACUAAGAGGUAUUUACAACAAUUAAUUUUUUAAUCACACAUGCUCAGCCCUUCCACAUGUGACUCAGUUUUUAACCCUAUCUCUCUUCUCAUUCUCUUCAGUCUUCAUCACACAGAAACACAGCCUCUCUCAUGCCCCACCGUCUCUCUCACACUCAGCCUCUUUCUCACGCAGAAACACACAGCCUCUCUCACGCAACCACCAAGGAUGCCACCAUCAAUUUCACUUCCCCAGCCCACCCCUCUCUCCCUUUCGCCCAACCUUCCCUCCGCCUAGACCCCUCGCCCUUCGCCCAGCAUCGUGCCACCAUCAAUUUCACUUCCCUCUGCCGAGCUUCUCCCCUUCGCCCAGCGCCGUGUCUUCUCUCCCCUAUGCCCAGACCAAAGCCUCUUUCAUUGGGUCCAUGGAUUAUUUAGGUAAGGUUUUGGUUUGGGUUAGGUUUGGGUUAAGGGGUUUUGGGUCACAGUUUGGUUUUGGGUAUUGCGUAUUAAUCGAAGAAGGGAGUGCUCCUUACAGGAUCAACGACAAAGCGUUUCAGUUCAUCGAAUGGCAGGUUGUAUUCAUGGGUUGCUCUUUGUUUCGCAAACUUCUUUUUGAUGACUCCGAUGAGGAUGAGAAAAUCAAAGAAGUUGUCAUGGAUUCGACACCAAAACGUAAACAUUGUUGCUAUAUCAGGCAUAACCAUUUGGCAGGCAAUGAAAGGCUUUAUCUCAACUACUUUGCUGACUCACCAGUAUAUCCUAAAAAAUUAUUUCAGAGGAGAUUUUGGAUGAGCUGUUCUCUUUUUGUGCGUAUUCAAUCUAAGGUAGAAGCUCAUGAUCCUUACUUUAAGCAAAAAAGAAAUGGUAGCAAAAAGCUUGGCUUAUCUUCCCUUCAAAAGAUUACUGCUGCACUCAGGAUGAUUGUCUAUGGAGUAACUGGUGAUUUUAUGGAUGAAUAUGUGCGGAUUGGAGAAACCACUGCUAUGGAGAGUUUGAAAAAAAUUGUUACAGUGGUGAUAGAUUUUUUCUCUAACGAAUAUUUGAGGAAGCCAAACAAUGAAAACAUUGGUAGAUGGUUGGCCUAUAGCGAAAGGCGUGGAUUUCUAGGUAUGUUAGGUUCAAUUGAUUACAUGCAUUGGAAAUGGAAAAAUUGUCCAACUGCAUGGAAAGGUCAAUAUUGUGGUCAUAUUCGUGAGCCCAAUAUUAUUUUGGAAGCAGUGGCAUCAUAUGAUCUUUGGAUAUGACAUGCAUUUUUUAGGUUACUUUGGUCAAAUAAUAAUAUUAAUGUGUUAAAGUAAUCUUUUGUAUUUUUCGAGCUAGCACAAGGACGUGCUCCACUGGUUAAUUAUUCAAUCAAUGGUAAUGACUACACAAUGAGAUGUUACCUUGCCGAUAGUAUAUAUCCAAAGUUGUCAACAUUUGUGAAAACAAUCACAGCUCCACAAGGACCCAAAAAAAAAAAAAAAAAAAUUUAUUUGCCAUUAUUCGUGGACCUGCACGAUUUUUCUAUCCUGAAACACUCCAAGAGAUCAUGAAAGCAUGCAUAAUCCUCUAUAACAUUUUUUUUUUUUUUGAGAAUGUAAUCCUCUAUAA